AACACAACACGGCUAGCAAUUCCCAUCCCGUGCGAUAGUUAGUGCUCACGCUUUGUUAGUGACUCCUACCGUUCGGCCGGAUAAAGCGGUGAAUCAUCUCCCAGGGGCCUGCUACGCCUACACCGUUUGCUGCAGGUGAAACCUCACCAACCAGCCGUCCAUCGUCGUCAUCGUCGCAAUAGGCAAUUCCCCACCCUUUUCCAUCUCGUGACUUCAGCAACAGUGCACCGCCUGCAACUCACUCUGUGGGUGUGUUUCCUUCCGGUUGUCCGGACUUCCUGCAGUGCAACAAAGGGCUACGGAACCCCUUUUCAACGCAGCAACCUAGUGUCCCCAUUAUGUCGUGCUAGUGAUUGCAGUGCUCUCGGGCUGUUGCACCUUCGAAACGGUUGCACUAAGGCUGUGCUGCAGUGAACACGGAGACAGAAUUCGUAGCAACCGUUGUUAACGUGAAAGUUUUCACUCGUGAGCAAAAUCAAAGCAAACAUAUUGUGCCGAGCGCACGCCAAUCUGUCAUCUGCCUUGUAGUCGCUUCGCGUGCGAGAUCAAUCCAGUUUUACUAUCGACCGUCAAUUACCAGCAGCAGCAGCAGAGCCUCGUGAUUGCCUUGCGUGUAUCGGUUUCGUGAUUAGCUUUUUCCAUUGCCGCCGCCACUGCGAGCAGAUAGUGUUCGCCGUUCGCGGAUCACCUAGGAACGAGAACACAUACGUCAGCCACCAACGUGCUAAUAAUCGGCCGCCGUAUUAACGUCGUUAGUGCCCGUGAAAAUCGACUACCCCCGAGACCGCAGCAUGUCGUCCGCACUGGAGGAAGAGCAGCACCUGCGGGAAUGUGAAUCCUACAUUCAGACGCACCGCAUUCUGCGGCUGCUGAAGGAGUGCAUCGUGCAGCUGUGCCUGUCACGGCCCGAGAACCCGAUCGUCUUCCUGCGGCAGUACUUCCAGCAGCUAGAACGGGAGCAAGCGAAGCUGGAUGCGAGUAAGCAGGCGGCCACACCGGACGAUCUGGACGACCUGAGCCCGAUGCCACAGACCACGGCACCGCCGGUGCGGCGCCGCGGGGGCAUCUCGGCCGAACCGGUCACCGAGGAGGACGCGACCAGCUACGUGAAGAAGGUGGUCCCGAAGGACUACAAAACGAUGGCGGCCCUGUCGAAGGCGAUCGCCAAGAACGUGCUGUUUUCGCACCUGGACGAGAACGAGCGGUCGGACAUUUUCGACGCCAUGUUCCCGUGCACCUUCCUGCCCGGCGACCCGAUCAUCCAGCAGGGCGACGAGGGGGACAACUUUUACGUCAUCGACAUCGGCGAAGUUGAGGUCUUUGUAAAUAGCGAACAGGUGACGACCAUCAGCGAGGGCGGUAGCUUCGGUGAGCUGGCCCUCAUCUACGGUACGCCCCGUGCGGCCACCGUCCGUGCCAAAACCGACGUCAAGCUGUGGGGCAUCGACCGGGACUCGUACCGACGCAUCCUGAUGGGCUCGACGAUCCGAAAGCGAAAGAUGUACGAGGAGUUCCUGUCUCGAGUGUCCAUCCUAGAGAGCCUCGACAAGUGGGAACGUCUGACGGUGGCGGACGCCCUGGAACCGGUGAGCUUCGAGGACAGCGAAACGAUCGUACGGCAGGGCGAGCCCGGCAACGACUUCUACAUCAUCGUCGAAGGCUGUGCCACCGUCAUGCAGAAGCGGGGCGAGAGCGAAGAGGCCGCGGAAGUGGGCCGGCUCGGACCGAGCGAUUACUUUGGCGAGAUUGCACUGCUGCUGGAUCGGCCCCGGGCCGCCACCGUCAUUGCGCGCGGGCCGCUCAAGUGCGUCAAGCUAGACCGUGCCCGAUUCGAGCGGGUCCUUGGGCUGUGCGCCGACAUCCUGAAGCGCAACAUAACGCAGUACAACAGCUUCGUUUCGCUGUCGGUCUGAAGUGGUCACACCCGUCACGGAAGCCACCACCCAACAAGGAGAGACCCGACCGUGUGGUGGCCGCAUUCUAUUGUCGCGAACCCUUUGUUUUGUGUGGUCGUCGCAUGUUGCAGGGGGCACCGCGUAUACGCGCAUUAGCUUAGAAAAAGAAACACAUUUCGUGGUCAGUUUGUUGGGGCGACUGGAAAAUGACUGGACCCCACUUGAGGGCCGCUGGUGUAGCUUUUGUUAUUCACUUUUCAGUUUCCCGUUUGAGUGGGAAACGAAUCCGAUGUACCGGAUUGGACGGCACUUUAACCGUUUACAGAGUAUCAUUUUAUAAGCAUAUUCAACCACUGGAAGCGACGUGGCCUGCCGCAGGACAGGCCCAAGCCGAGCACACAAACAGACCCCUUUCAGAGAUGACUCCGCCCGGGCCCGUUCUCUUUUCUCUCGCCCAGUGCAGGGCGUAUAGUUUACUUAAAGGCACAGCGGAACGACGGAUCUGGAAUGCCGGGACCGCUGAGAAAGUGGUCAAUUGUGUCCGUUUCGUUUUUUAACCCAACCAAUGUAUUAAACAGAAACACCACGCGUAGCGUUCGGGGAGAGAGAGAGGAGAGAUCGGGGUAGGAAAAAUUAUCAGCUAGGGAGAGCUAGGGUCAGAGAGAAAGAGAGAGAUUUAAAGUUUUGCACCAUUUGUAUCAUAAACAUCCUGUUCUUUGUUUCCCCAAUAUCGUCUUUUUAGAGAGUAAUGAAAUUUUAAGUUAUUUAUAACCGGCGGCGGGAACUGUGUGGAAAAACGGACACAUGGGGACGAUACGUGCCAGAAGCGAUACGCUUGAGAGAGACACAGAGAGGGAAAGAGAGCUAGCGAAAGAGGAUAAGUAGCAGAAGUGAUUUGCCAUUUUGGGCAUUUUUGUAUUUUGUGCGAAUUUGCGGUGGCCGCGACAUGUGAAGUUAAACCUCGACACAGACACACACACCUACCUACCCACAAUUCCGCCUGAGAAGUGGCCAACACCAUAACGCAAACGAAGCACAAUUGAAACCGAACCACGGAAUCGCCCGAAAUGGAAAACGGCUCGGAAAAAUCCACACAGGAACACAGGAAUCAAAAACACAGGUACAUUACGUUGGUGUCGUUUUAAGCGUGUUGUUUCCACAUUUGGUGUCAGUAUGUGUUGAUGUGUGUAAAAUGGCGGGGCAGCCGCUAGACGUGUUUUAACUAACCCAUUUCUGACUCUGACUGUCUGUCUGUCUGUCGGUCUGUGACCGUUCCGUGACCCGAGGCGAUCAGAAGCGGCUGAGCGCGGGGCGAUCGCGGAUCAUAAAAUGGGCACACUUUUGCAUAAGCGAUCUUCGUGUUUCUGUAUCUGUAUUCGGAUGAGAGUAAGGAACUGAGAUGAGUCGUUGAGGUGAACUGCUGACGCGGAAAGGACGUGCCACAUGGACGUGGCAGCGUGGGGGGACGUGAUCAUUCAUUACACACAACACAACACACACGAGGCACAGUUCCGCUUCCCGAAGUGAUGGGUUCGGCCUGCGGGCGAUGUUUGAAUCAAUAUUCAGAGGAGAGGAUGAUGCGUACAGGACGAUUUUUUGUAAGAAUAUUCAGAAAUGGCCCCCCCGUUUGUGUUGUCGCGGUGGUGCGGUUUACUAAAGUUACUUAAUCAACCUUGGAAUGUGAGUCUUUGCGCUGAGCAGCGGAAAUCGCAAUUGGCAACUGUUUCGUUUGUUUGCGUUCUGUUUCUUCUCGCAGUACGCUUUAAAGUCUCCGUGACCGUGAUCGGUUCCCCACCGUGGUGUGUAAGCUAUUUUAAUUUUAAACUUCCCCUUCAAACCCACAUCUGGCCCGAUGAGAUGAUGAAAGGUGCAACAAGAUGAUGGAGAGUACCGCAGCAUGUUAGUGGCAAAGUUUAGCAGUUAGAUAAGGCUGGACCUUUUUCGUAUAAAUACACACAUCACACACAACAACCACACGCACACACUCACGCGUCGGGUGUAGAGGAUCUUUUAUAGGUAAUUUCGAAGGCUGCUCUCCAACAGUCAACUCUCCGCUCUGGUAGUAUGGUGGCCACUCUCACCCACAUUGCCUUUAACCUUCUUCACUAUUCCGUCUGCUGUUCGAUGGCGCAAACUCUUCUCAAAUGCGCCUAUUGUGUAGAGUAGUGCCGAGUUCCCGAGUUCUCUGUCUACUAAGGCGACUAAGGUUUCGGAUUAGAAUCGAAACACGCGGCAGUAGAAGGCAUCCCACUCCAGUAGGAUCACCCAAGGAUCGAAUGCGUCUUCUUUGUUCCGUAGGAUCCGUAGGAUCUGCUAACCGAUAGCUCACUUUAAUCCGUAACCCAAAUCUAUGCCAAAUUAACGCUACUUCCGCUAUCGCGUUUGCCGUGUUUUCCUAGAGAGUAGUGAAAACGAUCGCGCAUAGUUUUUCGAACGUUAGAUCGACUUAGAGAACGAAAGAUCGACACAGUUUGGGUUGGGUUUUCGAACCUCGUCGUCGAGGUAUCCCUCAUUGUUGAAGGCAUCUGACGGUGGCGUAGGGCAGCACAGGACACAGGAGAAGAGCGCAGAACAAUAGUAAGACCGAUUGACACGAUCAACAAAACCUCUACCAAACCUCUACCAAACCAGCAAUUGUCGAUCGGUCGGAGGCAAACCACCACCACCAGAUAAUCAUCUCCAUCACUAGCAGCAGCAGCAGCAGCAAAACGAAUCACUUUGGGCUUUGUUUUUCGUCUGUAGAUUUACGGAAUAAUUGCUAUCAAAGAACUACCAAGGAUACGAGACCGAGGGACAGAUACGCGGCAGAGAGUGAUACGCCGAGCGGGGAGAGGCAAACGUGUAUUAAGUGAAUGUGUAUGAAUAAAUCAAACAAAUACAACACGA